CAAGUGCUUUGACUUGUGUUAGGAGCUGUUUUGAAACUAACAUGGUUUAGUCCACUAACUGCAUGUUGGGUAAAUUCAAAACCCACAUGCUCGUCCUCUUGCAGUGGAAUAAGUCACAUCUGAUGGACAUUUUCUGUGCUUAUAGCAUAGUAAUGAACAUCUGACAGGCACGACCUUUCAUAAGACAACCCACACUAUUGGCUUUUUGCCCAGAAUAUUGCUGCAACACUAUCUGUGAUUGGUUAUCUCUCUAUCAUGCAUUGCUCCACAAGGGGAAACGGCCCCCUUUUUUAAUAAAUCUACGAUGGCUGGCUGCAAUAUGUCUCACUGUUGGUACUAAGAAGUGCCUUUCCUGACGUCUCUGCUGCUUGGAACCGCUUCUAGAGCAGUCUCUGCUUUUGCCUUGCUUGCUGCCAGCUAGACUGUGACGACAGCACAUCCACCCUCCACCUCUUGCCCAGACACCCCCAUUUCUACUUAUAAUCAAGAGAAAAGCUCUAAGUAUCUGGCAUUGCCUUAGGCUGCUUUAGUUUUAAAAGAAAAGUUUACUGAAAAAGUAAGAUAUCUUCUGCCAGGAAAUCAAGGAGGAAAACAAAAUCAUUUUCUCGAUUUUGCUCUAAACUGCUGCAUCUGUCUAUGCCAAACUAAUCAAUACCGAUUGCACCACCAAACUCCAUUGCAAAUUCAGCUGUGAGGAUAUUUCCUUUCAGACAACUUUGCUGAAAGUAGCUUGGAAAUUCGGUGUCAGAGGGUCUGCCACGUUUUCAUGCUUGCAUUUUGGGCUCCAAAUUGGCACUGGGAAGGGGUUACUGAGAGCACAAGGCUGAUUCCAGGCCCUACUUUUAAACAUUCAUCUACUUAUAAUUCUAGUAUUUCUCUAAAAACCAAAACUUCUUUGAAUUAACAGUUUCAUGCUGUGAAUUUCUAGUGGGAGAUCUUUUCCUUGAUAUUGACAAUACACUUUUCCAUGUACUUUUAAAAGCAGGGAGUAGGAGAAAAGUAUUUUGGAGGGGACAUUUUCAUCAUUUUACAGUUUUAUCAGUUCAUCUUUUUUUUUUUUUGGUUGUUGUUGCUGUUUUUUGGGGGGGUUGGGUUUGUUGGUUUCACUGAAAAAUUUAACUACCUGUAAAUCUAAACAUGGCUGUUAAUGUCACACCAAUUCGGGAUACAAAAUGGCUAACACUGGAAGUAUGUAGAGAGUUUCAAAGGGGCACUUGCUCACGGCCUGACACGGAAUGUAAAUUUGCACAUCCUUCGAAAAGCUGCCAAGUUGAAAAUGGACGAGUAAUCGCCUGCUUUGAUUCAUUGAAAGGUCGUUGCUCCAGGGAGAACUGCAAAUAUCUUCAUCCACCCCCACACUUAAAAACACAAUUGGAGAUAAAUGGGCGCAAUAACUUGAUUCAGCAGAAGAACAUGGCCAUGUUGGCCCAGCAAAUGCAACUAGCCAAUGCCAUGAUGCCCGGUGCCCCAUUACAACCCGUGCCAAUGUUUUCAGUUGCACCAAGCUUAGCCACCAAUGCAUCAGCAGCCUUUAAUCCCUACCUGGGACCUGUUUCUCCAAGCCUGGUUCCAGCAGAGAUCUUGCCGACUACACCAAUGUUGGUUACUGGGAAUCCGGGGGUUCCUGUACCUGCAGCUGCUGCAGCUGCUGCACAGAAAUUAAUGCGGACAGACAGACUUGAGGUAUGUCGAGAGUACCAACGUGGCAAUUGCAACAGAGGAGAAAAUGAUUGUCGGUUUGCUCAUCCUGCUGACAGCACAAUGAUUGACACCAAUGACAACACAGUCACCGUCUGUAUGGAUUACAUCAAGGGAAGAUGCUCUCGGGAAAAGUGCAAAUACUUUCAUCCGCCUGCACAUCUGCAAGCCAAGAUCAAGGCUGCUCAAUACCAGGUCAACCAAGCUGCAGCAGCCCAGGCUGCAGCCACUGCAGCUGCCAUGACUCAGUCGGCUGUCAAAUCACUGAAGCGACCCCUCGAGGCAACCUUUGACCUGGGAAUUCCUCAAGCUGUACUUCCCCCAUUACCAAAGAGGCCUGCUCUUGAAAAAACCAACGGUGCCACUGCAGUCUUUAACACUGGUAUUUUCCAGUACCAACAGGCUCUAGCCAACAUGCAGUUACAACAGCAUACAGCAUUUCUCCCACCAGGCUCAAUAUUGUGCAUGACACCCGCUACAAGUGUUGUUCCCAUGGUGCACGGUGCUACGCCAGCCACUGUGUCCGCAGCAACAACAUCUGCCACAAGUGUUCCCUUCGCUGCAACAGCCACAGCCAACCAGAUACCCAUAAUAUCUGCCGAACAUCUGACUAGCCACAAGUAUGUUACCCAGAUGUAGAACUGUCAUCGCUAAACAAUCAUACUAAAGAGGAAAGGACAGUGUGCUUGGUUAGAAUAAAGGACGAGGUCAUUAGCCAUAUUGUAUAUACCUUCAAGCAACACACACAAAAAUCCCUCAGCCACAAGGCAUCCACAUAUUGCAUGUUAAGCAGAAGAAAAGACAACAUGGAAAUCCACUGCACACUGUUGCCUACACACUUUGUACAUUUAAUUGAUAUUUGUGCUGAGGUGAUAUUCCUGUCUAAAAGAACAACAUUGUCUUUCUUUUCUAGCACAGAGUUAUGCAUUAAAAUAUGCAUACCUAAUUAGUUUCCUAUAUAUUCAUGCCAUCCUGAAAAGACAGACAAUGGUGUAACCAUGAUUCUAUUAUGUAUUGGUACGUCUGUAGACCAAGAUAUAAUUUUUUAAAAAUAAGUUUAUUUCUUUCAAGGUUUACAAAUAACAAAGGUGCACCUUGUAUUUAAAAUUGCCAUUAUAGAUGAGAGCGUGCAUGCACAGUCAUUUUUGUUUAAGAGUAAUAUUUUUAAUGUAAUAGAUUGUAAGACGUGGUGAGGGAGGGAUCUGACAGAGAUGAAUGUGCCAAGCAAAACCACAACUGUAUAUUUUAAAGCACAUCAUGGCUUUAAGUACCAUGUUGUCAAGGAUUCUCAUGAAGUGCCAUAGACUGUACAUCAAUUAGAGUAUUAUUUCUUCAGUGUUACUGUUUUCAGAGCCACAUUCUGUUGCUUAUUUGCUAGUACUAAUCAAAGGGCACCAUUCUUUUUUUCUUUUUUUGGAAACCAAAGCUGUCUCAGAAAUGGCCAAUUUAACUACAGUAACAAUAGACAGCACAACACAAACUCUCAGUACAGAUAAACUCACAUACUGGAGAUAUAUAUAUAAUAGAUAAAUAUAUAAAAUUAUUUUAAUGCGUUGUAGUGUAAUAUUUAUGCAUACUAUACUGUAUAACAUGUUAUUCAAAAGGGAUAUGCCAUUUCUGAGACACGAUAACAAAAAAUGUUUGAGGAAAUUAUUUUGCUUCUAUUUAUAGCCUCUGUCAAAAGUCAAAAGACUAUAAAUGCUUUGCAAAAAAAUGGUUUCACGUUUGCUUAAAUGCUUCAUCUAAGUCACAUUCAGAAUAGUGACUCUAAAGAAGAAAGCAGCACUAUCAUCGAUGCAUGAUAAACCAAAAUAUGAAAAUGGCAAAUGUUUAAUUAACCUAGUAAUUGGAUGGGUAAAGUACAUGGGUGAAUUUUCUAUGUAAUUUUUUGUUUUAUUCUGUUCAGAUUAACUGCUUAUAGCCUUAGAAAGCCUUUUACAAAAUUAAAAAAAAAUAGAUGUACAUUCAGUUUUUAAGAAUGGAUUCAUCCAAAGGAAUUCCUUUUUUUUUUUAUUGUGGUUUGGAUGUUGCAGCUAGUAAAGGAUAUUUUUGCUCUGUUCAGCAGUUCUAAAAACUGCUGAAGUACGGGCCAGGUCACUGGUAGUUAUAGUAUGGAAUGGGAGAAGUGAAAGUUCAGUUAUAGAACUUUCCAUACUUCCAAGUUUACUGCAAGUUUUUAUGCUUGAGAGAGAUGCUUUCUAAUAUAAGACUGAUGUGUUGAUUUUACUGAUUGUACUGUACAUCUAUUAAAGCCUUAGAUUAUUACAUUACGGGUUGGAACCCAUACCAAUGUAAUUUCAAUCGUGUUAAGAGAGUAAUGGUGACUUCACAUGUUAUUGUAGUUAGUUACAUUAUAGAAUAUUACUUAUUUUUCUUGUUAAAAUGUAGUUUUUCAUUUCCUACAUUUAUUAGAUUUUCAUUUUCUAUUAACAAAUACCAUUUCAGUUUAUAGACUAUUGUUUUAUUAGAUUUUACUGAUGAAUUUUUCAAAAUACAAAAAAAUUAAAGUAGUUUUUCCUUCAUAACAUACUCAGUUUGAAUUUCAUGUAGUGUCAUAUGGAUAUUUGUAUUAUUGUUAACUAAAUGAUUUAUAUUUUACUGAUUUAAUAUUAUAGUGUAAGAAUGUCAGUCAUUGUUAGUUCUUGUCUAGUUUUCAUUAAAAGAACAAAGAUCUUUUAUAUGAAUAUCUUAUAAAUAUAUAAUCAUUGCUAAGUAAGAAGUUAAGUUGUUGCUAUUGCAACAAUCCUGGCAGACAAUUGAGUAAUAUUUUGAUGAUUUAUUUUGUUUGUAAUUAGUUAUUAUAAGAAGAUCUAGAUCCUAGAUAUUAGAAUAAAAUUUAUUUUCUACUGUAUCCAUUUCAAAUGUUAAAGUAUUGUUUAAUAUUUUUGAAAUCCCUGAAUAUCAGGCCUUGUUAUAAAUAAGCUGCAUAAUCAAUAAAUAGAACAAGGGACUUUUUGUUGAUAAUCCAAAUACUCAAAGUUUACGUAAUGAGAAUUAUAUAGUGUGUGUGCAAACUCUUGAGGGUUGAUUAAUGCUGCAAUUUAGCAUGUUGGGACGUCUAGAGAGAAGGUUGACUUUUUGCACUUCUGUAUAUAGUCAAAAGAGAGAAACCUGUAUAAUAGUAAGAUCUUAUUUUGAAUAAAAACGUCUAUAAUUACAAGGAGUUUUGUUAAGGCUAAUAAAAUGACAGACUGAGCAAAAUUGCUUGCAAAAGUGGCACAGAGUUAGCACUCCAUACCCCUUCAAACAUGUUGCUUUGCUUUUUGUGGACAGCUUGUAGUUUGCCAGGAUAUUUUCAGCUGGAAAGAUAUGUCAUCCUUCCAAGAUCUCAUGACUGACAAAAACUCCAUUGGGCCAAAUCUGCCUGAAGAUCAUUACCAAAAAUAGCAGGUACUUCGACCAUUAAGGUGAAAUCAUGGAUCAAAUAUUCCUUACAUUUUUCAAAGCUACUGCAUGUUUAAAACUUCAAAAAGAAAAAGAGAGAAAGAACUAUACAAGGACAUCUAUUAUUCAAAUCAGUUUCUGCCAAUUUCAGUGGUUUAUUGUUCACAAAAAGAAAUCUUCAAAACAAGUAUUGACUUUCACAAAAUUUAAAGCAUAAACAGGCAAACCAAACAGCACACCGUAGCUAUAGUUGUUAUGUGAUUGUUUUUAAUUGCUGUAGGGUCCUGUUCUUUCAGCAGGUGAAAAAAUAAAACACAGUUCUAAUUUCACAGUUUUAAUUUUCAAUGCAGAAGCACUCAAAAAGCAGGUUGUGAUAAUGAGCACUUGUUUAAUGAAUUAGUCCAUCCAGCCUCCACUACAGCUGGGGAAUAAUGUUGCACUUAUCAGCAACCCUACCAUUUUCAUCUGCUGAAAGGACAAAUGUGCUUGGUUUUACUAUUAUGUAAUCACAACUUACUUUCCGCUUGUAGUUGCUUAAAAUUAUGUAUUUUGUCUUGGGCUCCAAUUUGUUUUAUGCUUAUUUUAUUAUUACUGCAGUAGUUGACUUUGCUGUAUGGAAAAAUAAAGUGAAAUUGCCCUAAUAAAACUUCUCUUUCUUAAGUA